AUGCCGCGCGCUGAAGAAAGGCAAAAGCCGCUCAUCUUUAUCUCGGUAACUAACCUCAUGGUAGUGGGAACCCCAAAGUAUGUUGCGAACAAGAUGAAGUCAAAGGGUUUGCAACGCCUUCGAUGGUAUUGCCAAGUCUGCGAGAAGCAGUGCAGAGACGAGAACGGCUUCAAAUGUCACGCAGCGUCAGAGUCGCAUCUGCGACAGAUGCUGGUCGUUGGUGAACACGCAGGUAGCCACAUCGCUGGAUUUUCCCAACAAUUUCAAUCUGAGUUCGUUGCAUUGCUCUCCAGAAGAUUUGGCACAAAACGUGUUCGAGCCAAUCAGGUGUACCAGGAAUACAUCUCGGACAAGAACCAUCUCCACAUGAACUCCACACGAUGGGUAACCUUAACCGAAUUCGUGAAGCAUCUCGGUAGAACGGGUGUCGCUAGAGUGGACGAAACUGAGAAAGGUUGGUUCAUCGCGUGGAUCGACAAUAGUCCUCAGGCCCUUGCCAAAGCGGAGGCUUCCCAGAAGAAAGAUCGUGCAACCAUAUCCGAUGAGCAGAGAGAGCGACUCCUCAUCGCCGAACAAAUAGAACGAGCUGCAGCAGAAAGUACCUCCGAACCAACGCCUUCCACUUCAGCUGUUGAGGAAGGUCUACAACGGGACGAUAAGUCUGAAAAGGUCGUCUUAACAUUAUCAGCCAAAUCGGCCGCAUCAAGUGCACCGAUUGGCAUCAAGAUGAACGCCCUGAAGCCUGCAGUCAAUCCACUAAAAGCAAAUCCGUUAAAACGGCCAAACGUAUUCAAGGCUGCAGCGGCUGCUUCUUCCGAUGGCGGAGACAAGGCGGUUAACGAAAAGAAGAGAUCGGCUCCGAUGACUGCAGCUGAGAGACUUAUAAUUGAGGAACAGGAGCGGAAGAGGAGAAGGAUGGACCGGGACAACAUGGCCUGA